AGCCACGAGGUGGAAUUUUUCUGAGCACGUUAUUGCGUGGAUUGCGAGCUCGUAUGUCAUGUGCAGCGCGGGAGAUACUAUGGUGUUUCUAGGGGUCACUGAGUUCUCGUCGCGAUUGUGGAGUGAUUUUGCUCCUCCUGUCGAUUCAGCGCCACUUCUGGGGUUGUGUUGUGGAGUCGAGCUGGAUUUUUGAUUAGGUGUUGAAGUCUUCGGAAGGCAAGUCUUACAAUGCCGGUGGCUCGACCAGAUUCGGGCGAGACUCGAGUCAUUGCCCAUCUUGAUCUGGAUUGCUUCUACGUUCAGGUAGAACAAAGGAAACGUCCAGAGCUUCGUGGGAAGCCCGUAGCCGUGGUGCAAUUCAAUCCAUGGAAAGGAGGGGGUCUUAUUGCCGUCAGCUAUGAAGCUCGCAAAUGCGGUGUUUUACGCUGUAUGCGAGGCGAUGAUGCAAAGAAGAUGUGCCCAGACAUAGAGCUGGUGCAGGUGCCGACGGCACACGGUCACGCCAACGUCAAUUAUUACCGUGAUGCUGGCACCGAGGUGGUUGAAGUACUGUCUCGUGGAGGUAUUUGUGAGAGGGCAUCCAUUGAUGAGGUUUAUUUGGACAUCACGGAAGCCGCAGCUGCCAGGUUGAUUAAGGGCCUUCCUUCCCUUGGGACACUUUCAGAGGAAGCCCGAAAGACACACAUUCUAGGUCUUGAAGAAGAUGGCGAAAAUGCAAUGACAGCUGGCGAAUGGCUCUGUCAAAGCAACGUUCCCAGGUGUGAUGCACUGCUCGCAUGUGGGGCCCUAAUCGUUGCUGAGCUACGUGCUGCAGUUUUGGCAGAAACUCAAUUCACUUGCUCAGCGGGUAUUGGCCACAACAAGAUGUUGGCCAAACUCACAAGCAGUAUGCACAAGCCCGCUCAGCAAACUCUUAUACCAUCAUCUUAUGUUCCUACACUGCUGGCAACGAUACCUCUAAAAAAGAUUGGACAUUUAGGAGGCAAGCUUGGAAAAUCUCUGACAGAAGAUCUUGGUGUGAAAACACCUGGUGAUCUGAUUCAAUUUUCAAAGCUGAAAUUGCAAGAGCUUUAUGGUGUCAAUACUGGCAAUUGGUUAUGGGACGUUGCGCGGGGUAAGAACGGAGACGAGGUGAAAGCCAAAGUUCUCCCGAAAAGCAUUAGUUGUGGUAAAACGUUUGCAGGCCGCACAGCACUGACGAAUAUGACUUCUGUUAUGUAUUGGCUUGGAGAAAUGUGCGACGAACUCCAAGAAAAGCUUGAUAUUGACUUGGAAGUACAUAAUCGGAAAGCCAAACUUCUUGUGUUCCAUGCAGCUGUUCAGCUGCGUGGAGGAAAUCCCCAGCCUGGAAAGAAAUUUCCUUCCAAGUCAUGUCCCAUCCGCUACGGAAAAGAAAAGAUACUUGCCGAUGCACGCAUUCUCUUUGAACGUGGUCUUCGAGAUUUCUGCCCUGUGAACAAAAGCCUUUCCCCUGUUAAGGGUAGUAGCAACAGCAAAUGCGAGUGGGCAGUCACGGCUUUAUCUAUUGGAGCAGGGGGCAUAUCGACCAUACCCACGGGAGUGAACUCUAUCACAAGCUUCUUUGCAGCACCACCACGAUCUCCAGAGGCGAACCUUUCUGCGAGCUCACCAGUAUCCCCUACCAUGUGCAGAAUGCCUUCGAGUGACGACCUUGAAGGGAUGGCGGGAUUCCUCUCAGAUGGUGUUACCAAAGAUGAGGAAUGUGGAACUUUAAUCUCUUGCAGUUCAGGGGAGCGACCCAGUUGUCGAAACCUUUUUCAUUCUGAUGACGACGCAAAUCCUGAUUUCGACGUAAAGUGUACUCCGUCUUUUGGUUGCAUUGGUAGUCCUGUGCGGCAGAAGAGCUCCUUAGAAUUAUCUCGAGAUCACGAAAUUCCAAGGGGUUGUAUUGCAAAUCCGUGUUCAAGUUUAGACGGAGCCUUGAUACAAUGCUCACCCGUAGAAGAUCAUCUCUCCGUACACUGUAGAGUAGAAACAGAUUCUCAUACUUGCGCCGUAGUCAGUAUUGAUUCGCACCCCGUAGAUAUCAGUUUAGGAAUGAAAUAUGAAGCGACACUUAACCCUUGUGCGCUUGGAAUAGAAACUGAGGAGAAGGCAUCAGGGGUCGUGCACUCACAUUUAGCACGCUCAUCGUCUAAACCUUUGGCCGAGAAUGUGAAUCCACCAAGUAGUGCAGGUGGUCAUGGUUCGCUGGUGGCGAAGGCAACAUCAUCACCCAAGUUGAAGGAUCUCUGGCAGCGGAACGUCUUAAAGAGGCCCUCUGGCAGCUGGGAGUACAGGCAAGAUGAGAUCGAUGAGGAGGUUUUGGCCGAACUCCCUGCUGAGAUUCAGAAAGAGCUUCUAGACUCUAUGAAACGGAACAGGGCUGUGCGUCCAGUCAAGCGCUCAAACAUCGGUCAUUUUUUCCCGUCUUCUUCUAAGUAGAACAUUUGUACAUUACUAAACAUUAUUGCUAAUGAAUCAUUUAUUUCAUUGUUAGCCUUCA